AUGACUCCAGGUGACGACUACGGGUUUCUAAAACCUCCUGGCAACGAGGAAUACGAAGAAACCUACCGCACACCCUCAAAUUACAGACCUCUCGACACAUUCAAGCUCCCAUCUGGGCCUGCUCGGCACUACAAACAACAGUAUGGCGAUAUGUACUUCCUGCGGCUCGCUGGGCUGAAGCCUGCGGUGGAGAAAAUUGCGAUGGAGGCAUGGGAGGGCAUCACUAUCGCAGGAGAGCAUGCGCGACGUGUGGAUCGAGUACUUGAUGUGCGGCAGGGUGAGCUGUGUUGGGUCGCCGGCACAGUGUAUAUGGAUAUGCCAAUGAAGCCCAACAUUCUGGACGACCUUUCCAAAGAGAACUUUACCUCCGCACCUCCCCCACGUCGUACCUAUGUCGACUCAUCCAACCCAGCACUGACUCAGACUACGUUGGAAGAUGCGUCGGGCCGUGUCCGUCUGGCUGGAGACUUUCUUUCAUCCGUCCAUCUUACUACCGGUACCGUGGUUGCGGCUUUAGGAACAGAGAAUGCCAAUGGAGAUUUUGAGGUCAUUGACAUCAAAGUCCCAGAAUUACCCCCACAGCCGCCAAGAUGGGGCAAUGAAGGUCCAAAACAUAAUGGCAAGGACGCGGCUCCAAAGCAAUCUGGCAAAAUUGCUUUUGUCAGUGGGUUGGGGAUUACAGGGACAUCAAGCGAUACGCUUGCAUUGGAGUUGCUUACAGAGUAUCUUCUUGGGUACACAGGGUUCUCUGGAACCGAGGAUAAUGGCCCUCCGAGUGCUUCAAAUAUCACGCGACUCAUCAUUGCAGGUAACUCUCUCGGAGCUAGCGUGAUAACCGAUGCAGCAUCAGCUGGUAUGGACGGCGCCGCAAAGAAGAAGGCUGCCCCGAAGAAGUACGGUUAUGAUGCUUCGGCGUACAACGCAUCACCCAUUACACACUUGGACAACUUCUUGUCGGAAAUUUUACCGAGUAUCCCCGUCACCUUGAUGCCGGGCGAGGCAGAUCCAGCAAACUUUUCCCUUCCUCAACAGAGCAUUCACCGUACCAUGUUUCCGAACUCCAGAGCAUACGCUGCACCUCCGCCAUCUGGUGAGGAGAAACCAGAAGCAGGUUGGUUCGACAGCGUCACCAAUCCGUGGGAGGGCGAAGUGGAAGGCUGGCGACUGUGGGGAAGUAGUGGCCAGAACGUCGACGAUGUUCUGCGUUACCUUGACUUCCCUGGCGAGGAGGGAAGCACAGAAAAGGACUCGGACGAUUCGAGUGCUCGCAUGCACGUAAUGGAAGCGAUGCUCCGGUGGCGAAUUGGUGUUCCCACAGCCCCGGAUACACUCUGGUCUUAUCCAUUCCAAGAAUCUGACCCUUUCAUUCUCGAGUUCUGUCCCCAUAUCUUUUUCACGGGAAACCAGCCUUGCUUCAAGACUGCCGUGAUUGAGGGUGACCUUCCCCUCCGCCUGGAUGGAGGUGAUACCGAGAUGACAGACUCUGCUGGCGAAACAUCUGUACCUCGAGUUCGACUUCUAUCUCUCCCACGUUUUAAGGAAACUGGGGAGCUGGUUCUGGUUGAUUCUGAGACUCUGGAGGUAGAGGUUGUCCGGUUUGUCUUUACCAUCCUGAUGUUGCUCAAUGCUGAAACUGCCAUCUCGACCUCCAAGGUCCUACUUGUCCCAUAUUCAACAUGGCACGUCCCCCGAUAUCACGAAUGGAUGCAAGACGAGGAAAUCCAAGAGGCAACUGCUUCAGAGCCAUUAUCUCUUGAGGAGGAAUACUCCAUGCAGCGCAGCUGGCGCCAAGACGCUGACAAGCUGACCUUCAUCACCUGCCAGCCAGUAGAGCAGCCCAGCACCAACUCAAGACAAAUCAAAUUGUGCCCAGAGGAUGAAUCCGCAGCAAACAUGAUCGGAGAUAUCAACCUCUUCCUCCGCGUUGAAGAUGGCGAAGACGGAGACGCGCCUCCGCAGAUUGUGGGCGAGAUCGAGCUAAUGGUAGCCGAGAAAAUGAAUCAGCGACGGGGAUUCGGAAAGGCUUCAGUUUUGGUGUUUAUGAGGUAUAUUGCAGAGAAACAGGUGGACAUCUUGGAGGAGUUUGUGAAGAGUCUUGAGGAGGAUGAAAGGGAGAAGUUGGUACAGGCUGCUGGGACGGAGGGAUUGAGGUUACAGUGGUUGAGCGUUAAGAUUGGGCAGGAGAAUGUGAGGAGUUUGGCGCUUUUUGAGAGCUUGGGCUUUGUGAAGGUUUGCGCUGAGCCGAGUUUCUUUGGGGAGUUUGAACUGAGGAGGUUGGACUUGGGGGUGAGUGGGUUUGUCGAGGCUUUGAAGCUUGCUGGAGUUGAGGGCUAUGUCGAAUUGGAUUAUCAGCGGAAGGAAUAG